AUGUCUGUUGGCUCAAUUACUUCAGAUACCCUUCCAAUAUUCAGUGAUCCUUCAACCAAUUUAACUACAUCACUUGGAGGAGAUCCAGUUUCUAUGUCGACUGGUUCUGAAUGGGAAUACUCUACUAGCUGUGAAAGUUCUGAAUUAUCAACCACCUCUGCUGUUACAACAGAUCCUGAGUCAUCGUCAUCUUAUGUUGUCUCAACAAAUCGUGAGUUAUCCUCAUCUUAUGGAGCGAUUUCAGUGGACACCAGUAGUGAUUCCGAUUGGGAAUACUCUACCAGCUGUGAAUCCACAGAAGAAUCAGUUACUACCACUGGAACUUACACCCAAAGUUUUACCAGUGAUAACGGUUGGACAACUGUAAGCUCUUAUGAGUCAACCGACAUAUUGCCUACUGAUUCUUCUGACUCUUGGGAAUACUCAACACUGUGCGACACUAAUACUGACACUGAAAGUGGAAUGCCAACUGUGAGUACGUCUACAACCAGCAUUGAUGUGAACACUUAUACAAGUGAUACCAUUACUGCAAGUAGACCUUACACUUUAAUUUCUUCUGUUGUCAGUGGUUUGGAAACCGUUGUCACCACAGUGGUACUGAAGGGAAACCAGAAGGUCACUUCUUAUUACACUUCAACAUUACCACCACAAGUCAUCUACACAGCUGUUAGAAAUACCAUUGCCAGCGAGUAUGCCUCCGUUUACGAGACAGUGAUAACUUCUGCUGUUAGUGAGAUUACUCCUAUUAUUGCAACCAUUACUACAACCCCACCAGCUGGUUCUGUGAAGACAGUAACUAUUACUGAAACAUUGACUAUCGUUAGAACAGUUACUAUAACUAAGACUUAUAGUCAUGGUUCUUAUGUGACUGAGCUGUGUGUGGAAGAAGGUGAUGAUUGGGACUACACUCAAGACAACAAUGGAGGAUCUAGCGGAGGAUCUAGCGGAGGAUCUAGCGGAGGAUCUAGCGGAGGAUCUAGUGGAGGCUCAAGUGGAGGCUCUAGCGGUGGAUCGAGUGGAGGAUCUAAUGAUUGGGAGAACGUUUGUGAAUGGGUUCCUUAUGGUUCUGAGGCAGGGUCUGGAUCAGGCUCAUCAGGCUCCGGUUCUGGAUAUGGAUCUCCAGGCUCUGGCUCCUCUGGUUCCGGUGGUUCUGGUUCCGGUGGUUCUGGUUCCGGUGGUUCUGGUUCUGGUAGUUCUGGUUCUGGUGGCUCAGGUUCUGGUGGCUCUGGAUCGAACUCUUCAGGUUCAGGAUCAGGUGGUUCCUCAGGUUCUAAUGACAAUGGUAAUAACGAUGAAUGGGAAUGGUAUUGUGAGACAGAUGGUGACGUUACUACUUAUUUCACUAGUUACGCAACUAACGUGAAGACAUACGUAAACACUGUCGCACACACCUCCUACUACACCACCACAUAUGAACAAGAGCACACCUACACCUCAACUUCAGGUGGGAAGGUUAUCACCGAGACUUCUGUUGAAGACAUGGCGUGCGAAUUGACAACCGUGAUAACGUCAUUAUCCACAUCUCUUUCUACUUCCAUCUCCACAAAGUACUUAAACUCCACCAAGGCUGAACCAACUUCAACCAGAACAAGCAAAUCAUCAACCGCCAAGAGUUCAGGCUCGCAGUUGACUUCAUCUGCUGAAACAUCAUCAGACGCAAGCUCCAUCAGUGCAGUGGUGCAUCAUCAGUUGCUCAAAGUUCAACAAGUUCAAGCGCACAAGAAUCAUCCACAUCAUCAACAUUUGAAGGUUAUUCACAUGCUUAGACAUGAGAGUCCUAAACUGUCGGAAACUAUCGCCACUGAACAAGUUCAACCAGAUGAACGACAUGCGUUGCACAAGUUUGAGCAACAGUUGAAGGAUGCCAGGGAAACAUUGAUGGAGAAUGAGUAUUGGAAGGGGUAUGGGAAUCUUACGGGAUUUGAACUUUCAUACGGAGAUAAUUUAAAGGGGUUGAAUGUGAGUACAUUUGAGUUUGACCCUGAGGAUCACCCCUUUGUUGAGAAUCAAAAGUAUUCCAUUUUACCAGAUGAUAUAAGAGAUGAGAUCAUCAAGUUCUGGGUUCCUGAUGGAGGCGAUACGUCUAAUGAUAACGAGGCAGCUGCUUACUUGCUAAACAUAUCUGGAACAGCCUAUGGAGAAUUCGUCAGAACCAAGAAAGACCUAAAAGAUCAAGCCCUGUUCAAGCCUUUACCAUUGAAGUUACCAAAAUAUUUACAGGAUUUUGACGAUGAAUAUAACCGUGGACAAUAUGAGGAUUCCAAAAGAAGAUACGAAGAAGAUCCUGAUCAUAAUCCACCUCCUGAAUAUUAUCAGCCACCACUGCUUUUAAUGGGUAACUUGACCACUGGUACAUGGAAGAUGUCUUUGAAUUUGAAGAAUUCUGACUACAAUUUUCAAGACGAUAGAGUUUCAAAGUUUGUUCAAAAGAAUCACUUGACAAGGAUUGAUGACGCAGUUUUGGUCAAAGCAAAUAUCAACAUAAAAGAUACGACUGAGUCCGAAACUCACGAAUUGGAUACAGAAGGGGUAUAUUUCCAAGAUUCAGGAUGUAUGGUAACCACUACUACCAGUGGGAAGUUUUUUGGUUAUAAUGCCUUACCUCAUUUUGCUUUUGAUGCUCAUAACUAUGAUUACUAUAACGAUUCAAAAGUAUUAUUGGCACAAUUAAUUAAUCUGACCGAUUUUAAUAAAGAAGUGUCAAUUGAUACAAUGCACACAUAUUUAUCCAAUGCUAAAACCACUUGUGAAUUUAUAAAUUGGUUUAAGUUUGGUAAGACCCAAUUUACCAAGAACCAGUUGCGGGCAAUUGAUGAAGAAUUAGAGAAUCCGCAAGGUAUUCCUCUUCCUUCAGAACUUCCUCAGUUGGUGAUUACAGACUAUUUAAUGUAUUCACCUGAUUGUGGGAUCAAGAUCGCCUAUCAUGCUUCGAAUUCAGAUACUACUACGGAUAAAGGUAUCUUGAAAGGUGAUAGAAUAGAAGUAUUCUAUAAGCGAACACGUAUCAAUCUUACUUGGUUCUUUGGACUUUCCUUCAUCCAGUUAUUACUUUUCCUCAGACAGAUCAAACGACUUCAUACCCCAAGUGCUUUGAGUAGUGUUAGUAUUGCUACCAUGUAUACCAUUGGGCUUUAUGACUCAAUUUUUACUAUGGGAUUCCUUCUUUUCAGUCCACUUGCAAGCAAGUUGUACUUGUUAACCACGGCCAUUGCAAUUAUUAGAGGUAUAAUUUGUGUUUUUGAGUUCAUAUUUAUAGUAAGGUUGUUAACUGCACAAUCCAAUGAAAGAGGAUCAUCUUGGUGGGAUAUAAUGAGAGGUGGAUUUACUUCGAGCUCAACAAAUGAGCCAUCUCAGGUAACUGAGAUUGAAACGGAUGCUUCCGCAACGAUAUCAUCUUCACCACCAACAGGAGCCCAACCGGAGCCCAAUGCUCCUACGGGUGUGCCAGAUGCACAAGUGGUGUUUACUGGUCCGGAUGAGAAUUAUUAUUACAAUGGGCUUAUGGCAUCACUGGUUUCACUUACUAUUGUUUUCUUUUUCAUGAUAAUUCAGGUAUCUUAUUGGCGUCGGUCAUAUAGACAUGCAUUUGAGUUUAUUGCACUUUUCAUAUUCAGUUCACUAUGGUUCCCUCAAUUUUUACGAUCCACUGUUAAGAAUAGACGAUACUGUUGCUUUCAAUGGGAAUUUAUAUGGGGGAUGUCCAUUAUUCGCUUGAUACCGAUCUGGUACAUGUUCUUGUAUAAAAAUAACCCAUACAACCAUUAUUAUAGUCCUGUCACUGCUGGAAUAUUGACAGGGUAUGUAUUGGUACAAAUAUUUUUAAUAAUGUUACAAGAGCGGUUGGGUGCACGGUUUUGGGUCAAUGAUAGAUGGCUACCUCAAGCAUUUGACUACCAACCUAUUAUGUCUGUUGGAGAUAUUGAAAAUGGGUUUGCAAGCGAUAUCUUUGCUAACAUGACCAAUAACACUGAAGGCACUACUACCACCACCACCACCACCACCGAAGAAUUAGAUAAUGAUGGAUGGUUGGUUUGCAAGACAGACUGUGCUGUGUGUAUGAAUCCAAUCGAAAUACCCUUGCGUAACGAUAAAGAUGGUCUGAUUGAAGGCAACAAAAAGAAGCAAAGUGCACUCAAACGAAUGUGGAAGAAGAAGAGAGACUACAUGAUAACUCCAUGCCACCAUAUAUUCCACCAGGAGUGUUUGGAGGAUUGGAUGAAGUAUAAAUUACUGUGUCCCAUAUGUAGAAACAAUUUACCUCCUAUAUAG